AGUAGGCCCUGCUUCUCGGAGUCAUUUGACAUUCUACUCAAGAUGGAGAAACUAAAGACAACUCGAAUCAAUCGCUCCAACAGCGACCAUGCUGAUUUGGUGAACCGUGUUGCUGGACGGCGUACUUCAUCCGAAAAAGCCCCUAGGAUAAAACCUGCCCUUUCGACAUCCAAUCUUUCGAAAAACGUUCCACCAAAAACAUACAGCAAAUUUACAGUGAAAAAGCCUAACAAACCUCCGGUUCAGAAGCAACUAUUCCCGGUAGAAGCCGAAGCAAAAGAUCUCGCCAAAUUGCCCACUUCGGGGCGUAAAUUUCCAAUGGAGAAAGCCCUCACCAUGAUCGAAAUGGGAUCGCCUUCCAAGCAGUCGUCCCAACAUCAGCAGCAACACGGUUCACAAUCCAUCAACACCAUCGCGACGACGGGAGGAUUGUCCUAUUCCACAACGGCCCUGGCCGACGGAGGAGCAACCACACGGAUGGCCAGCAAUACGAGUAAACUGGUGUUCGAGACGGGCUUCAAACUGCUGCUCAAAUGUUGGCGUGAGGGAAAACGGAAAAACGACCGGUUGAAUGCACAACUCAGCCAAAAGGAUAGUACGUCCAUCAAGUACCGCAACCAGCUACAAACGCUCCAAUCACUGUAUCAGAAUGAAUGCAAAAACCACGAACAGGCUCGGAACGAAAUCAGACAACUCAAGCAGAAGGUCGAUACUCUGAAGACGAACCUACUGGACGAGAAGAGAGCGCAUCUCGAUAAGGUAUCAUCGCUGGAAGAAUCGAUCCUAAUCAAAGACAAGCUCCAGUCGCAGCUGACUCACGUGCAAGAGGAACUGGCCACGGCAAUCGUCUGCCGGCACGGUUUGGAGUGCCAACUGAGGCAGCAGGAAGAAAGCUGUCUCCAGUUGACGUCAGAGAAGAGGGAACUACUGAAACAGAUUGAUAACCUAGAGGACAAUUUCAAGAACUUUGAGCGGGAUUAUGAAAAAUCUUUAACGGAUCAAACGAAAACCAACAAAGUCUAUGAAGCCCGCUUGGAACAUUAUCAGAUGAAACUGGACGAAGCCAACAGCCAAAUCGAAUCGCAUGAAACCGACUGCCAACUGUUGAAGGAGUGGAACGUUCGAUUGGCCAGCGAGCUGGCGCAGGUGAAGGGCGCAUACCAAGGCACGUAUACAUUUCGGGUGAGACGAUUCUUCAACGAUCUUCCACGGAGACCGGUAUUUUAUGUGCAGUAUUUCCUGUAUCUGUUUGUUCGGGAUGCGCCCUUACCUCGGAGGCCACCCACUGACAAGCGAGACUUGGGGCGACUGAUUGUUGCCUAUCCGUAUGCUGGUGUUUUGUAGGGAGGGUGUUUUAUAUCUAUGUUUUCCUUUGUUCCAUCAACAUUAUAUUUUACAUUUUUCAUACAAUAGAAUAUCAUAUUUGUAGGAUGUUUAA